AUGUGGCCCUUCACGAGAUGCGGCGCAGACGCCUGUGCGGCCGUCAAUCCGCGCGCCAUCACCACCUCCGUCAUCAUCUCCGCCCUCCCUUUCUUCGUUAUCUUCGCCACUGUCACCAUCCUCGUCGUCCGCCAUAUCUUCCCCCGCCUCAACCGCGCCGCCGAGGCCCGCGACGGCGAAGACCAUGUGCUGCCAUCACACGCACCGCCGGCCUUGCGCGCGGCCCAUGCCGAGCACGGCUCCAAGAGCUGGCAGCGCCGCGGCGCAGCGUGGACGUUUGGAGUGACGGUUGGAUUGGCGGCGACACUGGGCGCGUUGAUCAUGGACGAGAUUAUGGAGCUGGCGAACCCGACGUCGAGAAACCUGGCCCUCAGGAUCACGGUUCCGGCACUGCUGUUCGUACUGGUCGUGCUCGUGCCCUGGCUCGAGUGCCGCUCAAUGGUCACCAGCGCUGGGUGGAGUUUCCAGCGGACAGCCAAGGGCAGGUUCCCCCGGGUUGCGUGGGGAAUGCACUUUGCGCUCUUCGCGGGAUGGCUCUUCGCCUUCUGGUCCGUGGGCCAGGCCGUACCUAAACACGCCAUGAGGAUCAUGCCCGAUGAAACUGGCUUCUCUGAGUGGCUGACCCGGGGCUGCCUCGAGCGCAUCGGCGUCGUAGGCAUCACGCUCAUGGCGCUGCUCUCAGGAUUCGCUGCUGUAUCGUCCCCGUGGCACACCUUUGCCGAUGCUUCGGUGCGGCGCAAGCGACCCGUCACUGAAGCCGACAUCAACCGGAAACAAGCAGGGUUGGACGCUACCAACGAGAUGCUUUUGACGAAGCGCCAUCGAUUACAGCAUCUCGAGCGCAAGGCAGCCGAUAGGCAAGGCGUAGCGUCGGCCAAGGGCAGCGGGCUAGUUGGCAAGGUAAUGGGCUCUCUACGAGGCGGCUCUGCGGAGGAGGCCGAGAUGAAGGGAUUGCGGAUUGAGAUCGCGGGACUGGAAACCAUGGAGGCGAACCUGGCGUCUGGCCUGUCCCUCUUGAAGAGCCAUCGUGCUGCCUCUGCCCGCGCUGGCACAAUCGUGGGACGCCUCGUCUUCGUGCCGUCAUAUCUCUUUAGCUUCUACUGUCUCUACCGCAUCGUGGCGACGUCCCUUACAACUUUACGACGAGCAUCUUCGCCCUCGACGAGCUUCGCCAGCAGCGACCCCAUCAACCGGUUCCUCUCCCUGCUCGCUCGCCACUGGGACCCGAAGCUGGACCAACUCGCCUGGGCGCGCCUCAUCAGCUUCGCCCUCAGCGGCGUCAUCUUGCUCGCGAGCGCCAACAGCGUCGUCCAGACGUUUCAUCUCUUUGCCAAGUGGACGCCGGGUCUUCUCCGCCAGGCGCAAGCAAACCUGGCGCUCGUCGUUGGCCAGAUCGCCGCCACGUACGUCAUCUCCUCGUCGCUGCUGCUGCGUAGCCAACUGCCCACGGCACUGGGCUCGGCGGUCGGGAGCGUACUCCGCGGCGCGCUGAGUCCCGGGUUCGUGGACGGGUGGUUUGAGGGCUGGUUCCUGCUGGGCAGUCUGGGGACCGCAAUAGGCAUCUGGGUUGGGCGGAAGCUGGGUGGAGACGAGGAGUGGGACGACUUUGGGAUGGAAGAGAUGGGGGCCAAGCGGUCCUAG